UGAAAAACAUUUCCCACACAUAGGACAGGAAUACGGCUUCUUCGCUGUGUGGCAUCUCUGAUGUUUGUAAAGACCGGACUUGUCUGAAAAACAUUUCCCGCACUCAGGACAAGAAUAAGGCUUCUCACCUGUAUGAAAUCGCUGAUGUGCAUAAAGAUUGGACUUCUGUGAAAAACAUUUCCCGCACUCAGAACAGGAAUACGGCUUCUCCCCCGUGUGAGAUCUCUGAUGAAUGUAAAGAAUAGACUUCCUUGAAAAACAUUUCCCACACUCAGGACAUGAAAAUGGCUUCUCCCCAGUGUGAGAUCUCUGAUACUCCUGAUGUUUGUAAAGACUGAACAUCUCUGAAAAACAUUUCCCACACUCAGGACAGGAAUAUGUCUUCUCCUCCAUGUGAGAUCUCUGAUGCCUAUAAAGAUUGGACUUCAGUGAGAAACAUUUCCCGCACUCAGGACAGGAAUAUGGCUUCUCCCCAGUGUGAGAUCUCUGAUGUGCGUAAAGACUGGAUUUGUCUGAAAAACAUUUCCCACACUCAGGACAGGAAUAUGGCUUUUCCCCUGUGUGAGAUCUCUGAUGUGUGUAAAGAUUGGUCUUCUGUGAAAAACAUUUCCCGCACUCAGGACAGGAAUAUGGUUUCUCACCUGUGUGGAGCCUCUGAUGUAUCUGAAGAUUGGACUUUCGUGAAAAACAUUUCCCGCACUCAGAACAGGAAUAUGGCUUCUGUCCCGUGUGAGAUCUUUUAUGAACAUUAAAAUUGGAUUUAGAUUGGAAACCCUUCCCGCACUCAGUACAGGAGAAGCUCUUCCCUGUUGGA